AUGGCAAAUCAACCAAAUAAUGAAAACCAGCAAGCGCUAAGUUCUGCAGCACUCAUCCAGAAAACUGAUGAGGAUCAAGUGGCCGGUGGCCCUUCAGCUGUGGGCUUUAUAGAUUCAUUGGAACAACGGUAUCAAAAAAUCAAAGAGCAUGCAGAAGCUUAUCCUUAUGUAUGGGCUUCCUAUAUUGUUGUAUACGGUGGCUUUGGUCUCUGGACUGCCUAUAGAUGGAGAAAGCUUCGCAGGACAGAGGACAGGGUACGCAAACUUCAACAAAGACUACGUGAGCUCGUUGAAGCUGAACAACCUGCUAGGUCUGCCAAAGUGGUUGAAAAGGGUUCCACAUCUUCUGAGAAACCUUCUAAGUAG